AUGGAUUUCACCAAUCCAACAACUAAUCCAUCUUCAUCUUCUUCUUCUUCAUCCCCCAUGCUUUUCCAGGAGAAAAGGAGCAAAAGGAAGCAGCAACAAGAUACGACGGGAAGGUUUCUAGGUGUUCGACGAAGGCCAUGGGGACGAUACGCAGCAGAGAUAAGAGACCCAACAACCAAAGAGCGGCAUUGGCUCGGCACCUUCGACACGGCCGAAGAGGCCGCCUUAGCUUACGAUAGAGCCGCCCGCUCCAUGCGUGGCUCUCGUGCUCGCACCAACUUCGUCUACUCCGACUUGCCACCCGGCUCUUCUAUCACUUCUAUCAUCUCCCCGGACGAAACCCAACACGACCUCUCGGCAGCCCUCUUACUCCCUUCCCCUCAGACUGAACCAACCACCCAACUCUACUUCACUAAGGAUUCCGGCACCGCCACCCACUUCUCCGGCGAAUUUCCUGCCGGAGACUCGUGGGUUGCGGCCAAUGUUUCUGAGUCAAUAUCAUCAUUUGCUGGGGUUGUUGAUGGUUUAGCGUCGAACCAAUUUUACGAUAGCACGGACCUCCCCCCAUUCCCUUCUGACGUUUCGAGUUGCAAUGCGGCAGCUUCGGGUUAUGAUAUGGGUCAGGCGGUGUGGCCCGAUACAACAAAUUAUGUUGGGUACUCGGACCAAACGAUGGCCGGGUUCGACUCUGGGUCGUCCUCGUGUUUCAGUUUUGACUCGAAUGAGUUCGUUCACAGCCCGCUUUUUGGACAGAUGCCACCGGUUUCCGAUGCGACGCCGUCGGUUUCAGAUGGUUUUGAUUUGGGUUCUUCAGGAUAUUUCUUUUGA